CUUGGAUAAACUUUACUUUUCUUAUGUCUGAUGUGUGUUGUUGUCCGGCAAACGCAUGAUGCAAUAGGCACCAUCCAUAAACCCAUGUUGCGUAACUCGGCGUAACUGCGAUUUGUAACAUACUAUUAGGGCUAAAAGGCAUUCUAUAGCAGUUAGGGCAUACUCUACUAAGUAAUGCAGUAUGAACCCAGCGACACAUCCGUGCGUUUGCAACCGGCGUCAGGCUUGGUCGCGUGCACCACGCCUGGGCAUUGGCGAACGAGCACACCGUAGCGUGAUAUGUCGUGUUCUGGCUCCCCCAGAGGCACCUGGCAAGCGGCCCAGGUCGGUGGAUGCUGCGGCACCUCCGCCUCCAACUACUCCGUCCGGAGACUUCUGGAGCAGCACAACCAGCUUUGCCUCCCAGUUACUCAGUCACUUUCGGGUGCCGACUUUCCCUAUUCCGUCGCCGGACGUGGUGCUGCGCGAGGCCUCGACAAAGGAGCGAGAGCUGCAGAAUGCGAAGCCGCUAGUGGACAUCAGCGCAUUCCUGUCGCCUGUGGGCAUUUGGGAGCUUAAGCAUAUCCGGAAGCUGUCAUCUCUGACCUCUCUUACAUACUACAUGGAUUUGGUGACGCCCCGGCGGCUGUACCGCAUGCACCGCGUGGAGCUCGUCACCACCUCACGUGCCUGCCAGAUCCGGCCGUACGAACACUCCAAGACGGCGGAGGAGGUGGGCGCUGACGGCGACGGCAUGGCGGUCUCCUUCCAGGAGGUGGCGCAGGUGUACGAACGGGUUGGCGGCGAGGACGUCGCUGCGGCCGCGGCAGCGGUGGCGGCGGAAGCAGCAGCAGCUGCUGCUGCGCCGGCGGUGGCAGCGGCGGGAACGGCGGGAGCGCACCCGGGGACGACGGCUGCGGCCACGGGAGGUGGUGGAGGCAGUGCGAACGGAGCAGCUGGCGGUGGUGGAAGCGGGUGGUCGUUAGGGCCCAGCUGGCCGGGGGCAAUCGGCAUGGCGCCGCCGUCUUCGACGCAGGUCGCAACGCCGUCGCCGUCAUCGACCUCACCGCACCCGCCGUCGCACCUACAACGGCACUCUGAGUCACAGCCCUACCACGGUCCAAGCGGCAUCGGCGGCGGGCCCGCAUGGCCUCUCCCCCCAGCCGCCGCAGCAGCGGCAGCCUCAGGACCCCAGCCGCCCCAACCUCAGCCCCCGGGCAGCGCAGCCGCCGUCGCUGCUGCCGCCGUCGCAGCAGCCGCUGCAUCCUCCUCCUCCUCUCAGGCCGCGCUGGUGCGCAUGCUGCGUUCCCCCGCUGAGGCGGCUUCCGCGGUGGUUCGUGAGAAGCUGCUGGAGGCCAUGCGGCUGGCGGAGGGCAUCAAGCUGGCGGAGGUGGCGUCGGCAGCCGCCAAGCACGGUGCCAGCCUGGCGUGGCUGCCCAUCGGCGGCUCCCUUGUGGGUGCAAACAACCGGGCCAGCAUCGCGGUGGUGCCCCCUCCACCACCUUCGUCACCCUCACAAUCGCAGUCACAGUCACAGCAGCAGUCAGCGAGCGCCGGAGGAGCCGCUGUCAGUGGUGGCGGCGGCGAGGGCCCUGCCACAGCUGCCCCGUCUUGGUCGCCCCAGGGACUGGCAAUGAGUUCUUCAGCCUCCUCAUCAGCAGCCGCGUCGUCGUCGACGUCGCUUGACGGUGGCCGUGUGAAGGCCACCGCAGCGGGCAUUGCGGCCGUCGCGACCUCCCAACUCCGCCAACAAGCCGCUGCCUCCACCUCUUCCUCCUCCUCCUUGACGUUCGCCUCUAGCUCCACGUUUGCCUGCCCCUCCGAGUGGUUUGUGGUGGACGACCCCGCCAGCCACACUCGCACCUUUGUGAUCCAGGGCUCCGACACGCUGGACCACUGGAAGCUCAACCUCACGUUCGACCCGGUGGUGUUCGAGGACCCCGCGCUGGGGGUCAAGGUUCACCGGGGGGUGUACGAGGGGGCCCUGGCGCUGUACGACAGGUUCCUGCCGCUCGUGUACGAGCACCUGGAGGCCUCGCCCUUCUCCAAGAUCACAUUCACGGGCCACUCCAUCGGCGGCAGUCUAGCCACGCUGCUGCUGCUCAUUUACCGCACCCGGGGGGUGCUGCCGCCUCACAGCAUCGCAACCGUCUACACCUUUGGCUCCCCAGCGGUGUUUUGCCAGACGCACGCGUCGGUACACCACCACUGUAGCAGCCACCCGAAUGGCACCAGCGGUGUUGACGCCGAGGGGGCCACCGUGGAUGUGAAGGUUUGCAAUGGCAACGUUUCACCUACCUCCCUCGCUUCUUCGACUGCCUCCGCUGGAUCUGGAUCGUGGUGGGAUGUAUCCGCAUCGCUGUCGGCUUCGGUUGCGAGUCUGGGAAGUGCGAGCAGCGUUAACAGCUUCGAGGACCCGGGCACUGCCUCCUUGGUUGUGCCCCACACCACCUCUCCCUCCUCCUCUCCCACCACCAGCAGCCACAGCCCCAGCUGCGCCUGCGCCUGCGGUGCGGACACGCUGCUCGCCCGGCUGCAGCUGCCGCCGCACGUCAUACGCAACGUGGUGAUGGCUCGGGACGCGGUGCCGCGCGCCUUUGCCUGCGACUACCGGCCCGUGGCUGACAUCAUCAAGGGCUGGGGCAGCUCCUUCCGCGACCACUGCUGCCUCAACAGGCACGGUCGAAAGCACCUGUACUACUUUGUCGGCCGCAUGUGCAUCCUGCAGCCCGACUCCAGACACACCUUCGUGAGCAGCGACGCGGACCACCCCAUGCUGCCCCCCGGGCCCGAACUCUACUUCCUGACCGACCUGCCGCACCCCUGGCCGCCCAACAACAACAACAACAGCUCCGCCGCCUCCUGCUGCUCCCCCCAUGCCACCACCACGACUGCUCCUACUCAAGCCGCCACCGCCGAUAGCGCAGCUGCCGCCGCCGCGGGCGCUUCUGCGCUCGUGACAUCCCCGGCUGCUGCUGCAUCAGCAGCUGAUAACGCUGCUGCUGCUUCUCUCUCAAACGCCACAUGCAGCAACAGCGGCGGCGGCGGCGGCGGCGGCUACCACGCGAACGGUACGAUUGAUUUGGCGGCAUCACCAUCACCACCACCACCAUCAUCAUCACUAUCGGUUCCCCGCCCCGCGGCCCGCAAUGUGGUGGAGGCGGUGUGGGAGUUCAUGGACUGUCCCCACCCGCUGGAGACGCUGGCGGACCCGGGGGCCUACCUGGCGAGUGGCACCAUCUCGCGAUACCACAACCCGGACAACUACACGCGCGCCCUGGGCCGGCUGAAGCACCUGAAGAGGUUGGAGGAG